AUGCACUACCAUGAUACUCAAGGUGAUGAUGUAAUGUUAUCCAAUGGAAUAAAUAUAUCGAGAGAUAUAUACCGGUUUUUGCGGUCAAAUGAAGCGACUAUGACAACUGAUAUUAUAAGGCGCCUAGAUAAGAGGUUAGAUUUGUGGAAUGUUAACUGGUACACGAUUAAAGCUAAGGAUUCGAGGUUGGGGUGUGAAAAAGCUGAUAAAUACGAAGCUAUGGACGACAUGUACACUGGUAAUCAGGUGGCAGAAGCCAAAAUGUUUUUCCUGAAAUAUCGGCAUACUCGUUAUUAUUUGAUGGACUAG